UUGAAGAUGUCCACCGCAACUUUGAGUGAACAACCCAGGUACAGCUGUCUACCAAACAUUCCCGAAGAGCUGCAAGAAAGCGAACGUAAGGCCAUAUUAGAAUUUUUCCACGCAAUUCCUACAGUCGAGAGGCGCAAAACAAACAUAUUCUACGUCACAUUACCCGACCGCCCCGCUUUUGCUGUGAAAUAUGCUGCGAGGGACGCAGGCUCCGAUUCAAACUCUACCCCACGGGUUCCAAGAGUCUACCAUGUUCUCUAUGACAAACCGACCUAUUAUUAUCUCCUGGUUAUGGAGAAGAUACCCUGGCCAACGAUCGAGGCCUGCACCGAUCUCCCUGACGAAUACACCGUUCCACGUGUCGCAGCAGCAGUCAAGUGGCUAUUCGACCAGACGCCAUAUGUCCCCCCAUCAUUGUUUGGAAGAAUAUCAGUCCCUCUCGAGGGCGAACGACCACUUGUGUGGCAUCGCUUUUUCAAGGACCAUGAACCCUCCCUGGCCUUUGUUCAUGCCGAAGCAUUAUCCAAAUACGUCACAGCGAUCCUUUCGCGCUACUCCCGCCGACGGCCAUUCCGUCCUGUCUCGUUUGCAGACGAGCCAAAUGUUAUUUACCACUCUGACGUGCGGAAGCCCAACUUCCUUAUUGACAGAGACACGGGCCAAAUAUGCAUUAUUGACUUCCAGCAUAUCGGCAUCUUCCCCCAGUCAUUUCGGACAUACGGUCUGCUCCACUAUACCGAUCCGCUCGCCGCUGCAGUCAGGGAGGCGCUUGGACUUGAAAUCACCGACACUAUCAGGUCCAUGUGCACUGCUGCGGGAUGCCUCGUCAUGACCGGCGGUGCUCCUACCUUUGGUCUCGAUGAGUACGGUGUGCAGAAGAAGAAAUAUAAGCGCGACCUAUUCAAAGUCAACAAUGUUUCUGCAGUCGACUCGGAGAAACUGGUGUCAAGUCCAUGA